AAUUCACCGAUUCCGGGUUAUCAGCAAAUAUUUUCCAUUUAUUUCGACGGAAAAUCAAAUCUCGAUUUUUUGAAUUCUUCGGGUUCUGAUUUUGGCCGAUCAAGCGUAAUUUAUCGUCAGUUCAACGUUAUGAAAAUAGUUCAUUAAAUUGUGCACCGAAUACUGAUACGGCAAUCUGAUGACAACCCUCUCGACACUUCGUAAUUUCAAAAGUAUUUUCAGCUUGAAUGCUUCACGAUGUUUUCGUACACUUAGUAAUAAUCAUAACAGGCAAAACCCGAGUAUUAAAUAUCUUCUUAAAAAUGCUCCGUUAAAACUCAAUUAUUCACCUAUUCGAAAUAAGUACACCGAUAAGCAAAUUCAUACAGCUAAAACAUGGUGUUAUUAUUUCAUCGCAUUGACCGUUUGCAUUACUGGCUUGGGAUUUGCUUCCGUUCCUCUAUUCAGUGCUUAUUGUCAGGUUAGUAAUUAUGCUGGCACCGUAAACAUUGAUUUUAAAAGGGAUAAAACUAAAAAUUUGCAAAGAGUUGAAGAUCGCGAGCUGACCAUCUUAUUCAAUGCCGAUAAGAGCUCUUUACUACAGUGGAAUUUUCAACCGUUGCAAUCUGAAGUCAAAGUUGCUCCCGGUGAAACCGUUUUGGCGUUUUAUUCAGCGCAGAACCCAACCGAUAAUGCGAUCAGUGGAAUCAGCACGUAUAAUGUUGUACCUUACGAAGCGGGUCAAUAUUUCAAUAAAAUUCAGUGUUUUUGUUUCGACGAGCAGCAACUCAAUCCUCACGAACAAGUCGAUAUGCCCGUGUUUUUCUACAUAGAUCCGGAAAUAGUUAAAGAUCCUGUUAUGCAAAACGUCGAUACUAUCACAUUAUCGUAUACUUUCUUCGAAGCCUUGGAAGGACUCGAUUUACCAUUUGUAGAAAAAGAAAAAUUGUAGCUUAUUAUUCACCAGUAAAUGUUUGUUUUGUUUUUAA